AUGCUCGAUGAGGAACAUGCAGCUCCAAGGGGUUUCACCAGACCCCAAACGGACGCGAACGUUUAUAUGUGGGGUCGCGUGGGAGAGCAAAACACCGUUAUUGCCUCUCUCACUUCUGGAGUCUACGGGACCACCUCGACUGCGACCACGGCCUCGAGCCUGCUUGCCUCUUUGCCAUCCAUUCGUGUUGGUCCUUUCGUUGGCAUAGGCGGCGGCAUCGCUCGACCGGACGACGACCAAGGUAUCCGGCUAGGUGACGUUUUCGUGAACCAGCCCUUUGGGACCACGGGCGGUGUCUGUCAGUACGACUUCAUCAAGGCAAAGUCUGGUGACAAGCGUGAGCGCAAAGGCUUCCUCGGACGGCCUCUGACGGUCCUCAAUGCGCUUCGCAGAAUCCAGGCCUACCACAAGCGGAAAGACUCCAUGGGCUUCGACAACGACCGCCUCUUCAAAGCUCCAUGCGACCACAUCCCCGGCCCGGACUGUCGGGGCUGUGACAUGGCUGAUGAGAUUCAACGCGAUACUCGAGACACCAUCGAUCCCGAUAUCCACUAUGGGACCAUCGUAUCCGCCAACACACUCGCCAAAGACGCUGCUGCUCGCGAUCGGAUUGUUGCUGACCUCGACGAGGAUUGCAUCUGCUUUGAGAUGGAAGCAGCCGGGCUGAUGAACCACUUUCCCUGUCUUGUGGUCCGAGGGAUUUGCGACUACACUGAUUUUUACAAGAACGAUCGAUGGCAACGCUACGCCUCGGCGACCGCCGCUGCGUAUACAAAGGAACUUCUGGCGUACGUGCCGGCUGCAGAGGUCAAAGAGACCAAGAGGGCACUGGAAGUGCUUCAGCUAGGUUAG